AAGGGAAUGCUAGAUCUAGCGAGUUACCGGCGAGUUUGACGAAUUAAAGAUACGACCUAGGCAAGAUCGAAAUAUCUGAAGCCGUGUUUUGCAAGUCAACGUAUAGUCCAGGCCUGUUACUUUCUCAGGUCGUCGCUUAGUUCGGUCAAAGUCUUGCACCUUAGUGUUAAUUAAUAACGGCACGAGUGUCAUCUCGCCGGGCAUGUGUGAUUCUUUUACUUCAAUUUGGUAUUAAUAUAUAUAUAUAUAUAUAUAUAUAUAUAGGCAGUGAGCUUAGUCCCUCGAUCGAACUAUAUUGUUGCCUUCAAACUCUCCUCUUAUGGCGUGUUGGUCCCUCAUUCUUUUGCUCCUGUCUGGAUUCUGCUUCCAGGCUAGCGCUACUAGGGCCGCGGCCGCCGGGAGCAAUGAGACGGAUCGCCUUGCCUUGCUGGCCUUCAAGGACGCACUUACACACGAUCCCCUCAGCUCCUUGAGCUCGUGGAAUGCAACGCUACCCUUUUGCCGAUGGGUCGGCGUCACGUGCAGUCGUCGGCACAGGCACAGCGAAAGGGUGACGGAGUUAGCCCUCGAAUCCAUGGGCCUUGCAGGUCCUAUAUCUCCUUCCAUCGGUAAUCUCACUUACCUCUCUAAAUUCCGUCUUCCGUACAACAACCUCAGCGGUGCUGUACCUCCUGAACUCGGGCAGUUGAGCAACCUACAGGUCCUCAACUUGAGCUUCAACGCCCUGGGGGGUUCCAUCCCUCCUAGCCUGGGCUCCUGUAGGGAGCUUCGUGACAUCGACCUGACCGACAAUAAGCUUGCAGGGAGCAUUCCCUUUGAGCUCGGCUCCUUGUCAGAGCUACGGGUGCUUAACUUAGGCUCCAACGAGCUCGCAGGACGCAUACCGCCUUGGUCAGGGGGUAAUAAUAAUAAUAAUAAUAAUAAUAGUCUUUCAUCUCUGCUCGAACUUGAUCUAUCCGACAACAAGCUCCAAGGGAAGGUACCUCCAUCACUGGGAGACAUUUCCUCUCUCACGUAUAUAGAUCUAUCGAGUAAUGGCCUAGUAGGUCCAGUACCGUCUUCCUUUGGAAACCUCUCCUCACUUCGAUUGAUCGUCCUCGCUAACAACAGCCUCGCCGGAGUAAUCACAGUUCAGCUAGAGCGACUGUUAAACUUGAAAUAUCUUGACCUAUCAACCAACAGCCUCACAGGGAAUAUUUCCCCUUUGGUGGGCAAACUUCAACUUCUCACAACCUUUGUUCUUUCGAGCAAUAAUUUUACGGGAAACAUUCCGCCGUCGCUAGGGGAGCUCACCUCUCUACAAUAUCUUGACCUUUCAAAUAAUAAUCUUGGUGGGCCAAUCCCCUCUACGUUCAAGAAUUUGUCAUCUCUUACUACUCUUUCUUUAUCAACCAACAAUCUUGUAGGACAGUUGCCAGAGGAUCUAAGCCGCCUCCAAAGUUUGCGGUAUUUUGGGGUGUCAAAGAAUAAACUAUCUGGUGUCAUUCCCCUUUCAAUCUACAAUAUAUCAUCUCUGCAAGAUCUCGAAUUAGCAUAUAACCAGUUUUCCGGCACACUUCCUCUCUACAUUGGCUACACUCUUCCUCAACUUCAAACAAUUAUCAUGGCCAACAACCAGCUUGAAGGGCCCAUUCCUAUCUCGUUGGCUAAUGCGUCGGGGCUUGUGCAGAUCGAUCUUAGUAGCAACAAGUUUAGCGGACGAAUUCCUGCAAAUAUCGGCAGCCUACAACAGCUCUCUUGGCUAGGCUUGGAGAAUAACACGCUUGAAGCAAAGGAAGCGAGUGAUUGGAAUUUUCUCUCUUCCCUAACUAACUGUACCAUGUUAGAAUUUCUCGGCCUAGGGGGAAAUGAACUUGCGGGCAAAUUACCAAGGGUGGUGGCUAAUUUGUCGACCCAACUCCAAACGUUAAGCAUGGGGCAGAAUCAAUUAACCGGAGUCAUUCCUCCCGAAAUAGAUAACUUGGUAAAUUUGAACACUUUGAUGUUUGAGCAAAAUCGCUUAAGUGGAAGAAUUCCUGAUUCUCUUGGGCGGCUCAUAAAGUUGGAAGCUUUGAUCCUAUUCAGCAACAAAUUUUCAGGGAAAAUUCCACAUUCGUUUGGUAAUUUCACCCAAAUGAAUGAGCUCUAUCUGCAAGGAAAUGAAUUGUUUGGGGAAAUACCCCCGAGUCUCAGCAACUAUAAGAAUUUGAAUAUCUUGGAUCUUUCUGAUAAUCGCCUCAGUGGAUCCAUCCCCAAAGAACUCCUCGAUCUUUCUUCCUUAUCUGACUAUCUUAACUUGUCAAAUAAUUUUUUGAGUGGGCCGCUACCAUCAGAAGUGGGUAGCCUGAGCAACCUUGGAGUCUUGGAUAUCUCCAAUAACAAUUUGUCAGCCAGAAUCCCUGAGACAAUAGGAUCUUGCCAGAUUCUAGAAUACCUCAGUUUGGAGAACAACUUCUUCGAAGGGCCCAUCCCUACAACAUUAAAAAACUUACGAGGCCUGAAAGUAUUAGACCUUUCACAUAAUAACCUGUCCGGCCCAUUUCCUAAUUUUCUUGCAGACUUGCUCUAUCUGCAAAAUCUAAAUCUUUCGUUUAAUGAUUUCGACGGUGAAGUACUAGAAGAGGGAGUCUUUAAGAAUGCUAGCGUGGUUUCAGUAAUUGGAAAUAAUCAUCUCUGUGGGGGUGUUGUUAAUUUGCAUUUGCCUCCAUGCGCAGUUCAAAUUCCAAAGAAGGAUCGUGGUGUUGUUAUAAAAGUAACCGUUCCGGUUGUUUGUGGAAUUCUUUUGUUCAGCCUGCUUCUCGUCACUUAUUUCCUGACUAGAAAAAUGAAGAACAAGCACCUAGUAACGGCAAAUCUAGGAAACCAUAUGAAAGUUUCUUAUGCAGAGUUGCUGAAGGCAACUGAUGGGUUUUCUUUCAACAAUUUGAUUGGCGUGGGAUCAUAUGGUUCUGUAUUUAAAGGGGUACUGACUGAUGGAAGAACUGUUGUAGCUGUCAAAGUGCUAAAUCUCCAAAAGCAAGAAGCCUUCAAGACUUUCAUGGCAGAGUGUGAAACUUUGAGAAACAUUCGACAUCGCAACCUUGUCAAGAUCGUGACAACUUGUGCUAGUGUAGACUCCUGGAAUAAUGAUUUUAGAGCUUUGGUCUUGGAAUAUAUGCCAAAUGGGAGUCUAGAAAAUUGGUUGCAUCCAGAACCAAAUGCAAAGGCUUACUCAAGGAGAUUAAGUCUUGUUGAAAGACUAAACAUUGUAAUUGAUGUGGCCACUGCACUGAAUUAUCUUCACAGUGAAUGCGAGAUACCAAUUGUCCAUUGUGACCUAAAGCCGAGCAAUGUACUUCUUGACGAAAACUUUACGGCCCAUGUGGGGGAUUUUGGCCUAGCGAGGUUCCUUCCAAAAAGCAAUAACAAUGCUCAUAGAGAUCCGUCAAGUUCGAUUGCGAUAAAGGGGUCCAUCGGAUACGUCGCUCCUGAAUAUGGGAUGGGAGGCCAUGUGUCCACUCAAGGCGAUGUUUACAGCUUUGGUAUCUUGCUGCUAGAGUUGUUUACAGGGAGGAGACCUACGGAUAACAUGUUUAAGGAUGGUCUUACUCUUCAAAUAUGUAUCGAGGAGGCAAUCACGAAAGGAACUAAAGUUAUUCUGCUCGUAGAUCCAGCUCUUUUUUCGGAAGUAAGAGAGCAAAUCGUACUUGGUGUGCAAAAUGGAAGCAAAGAAAGUGAGAGGACAGAAUUAUGCUUAAUUUCCGUUCUCAAAGUUGGUCUGUCAUGUGUAAAGGAGCAGCCGAGAGACCGUAUGACGAUGAAGGAUGUGGUAUCUCAACUGCUCGCAAUUAGGGAAUUGCUUCUAUCGUGAAUUCAGCUCUUGGUUAAGGUGAAUAGAUAUUUCUCCAGAUCUUCGAUAGUGUGCUAUUUGCUGAAGUCAAUUUACAUACUUCUUUAGCUAAUAUAUCAACUUUGGUGUUCGGUGUUGCCUUGGUUGUUGUUGGAAGCGGAAAAGAGACCACUCGUAAAUUGCAUUAAUACUUCACUGUAUGUUCUUACAAGUAGUACUUGAAUAACAUUUUAUGAGUUUUUUUUUAAA